ACCACGAAGAAGUUCGCCAGUGCUGCACCGAGCCUCGCGCUAUAUCGAGCACACUCGCUGUCUCUUUCUCUCUUUCACUCCCCGUCUCUCUUCUUUUCCCCCCUUUAGUCUCACUCUUUUUCUCUUUCUCGUCUCCCCUGUGGCUUCUUCCCUCUCGCUCCCCCUCUUUCACCCAAGUUGGUCAUCAUUGAAGAUCAGCAUCGUUUCGCUCUUCGAUCAUCCUUCGGAUAGUACUGUCAAUGUGAGACUUUUGUCACUUCGACGUGCGGGAACGAACGGAAAACUGGCCAGGGGCGGAGUGAUCGUCGAGCCAGGCUCGACGAGGAGGAGGAAGAGGAGGCACGAUAAUGGGCAACGCCACCACGAAAGAUUACUCAAGGAACAUCACCGUCGCCACCAGCUCGAAAAAGGCGCGAUGGGAUGGUCCAGGUCUUCCGGCACCACCAGGCAAACCGAUUUUGAUAUCGGGCACGGACGACGCGCAGCCGGACAUUGUGGCGAUACGAUGGGACAGAUCGCCAAGUAACGGUGGCUCGGCGAUCGUUGGCUACUUGGUCGAACAUCGACGACUGGGCUCUCCUCACUGGUUACGAAGCAGCUCCGGCCUUUGCACCUUUCCGGAGCUGACUCUGAGCGGUCUCGAGCCGGGAUGGCGUUAUCAAUUCCGCGUCAGAGCGCAAAACGCUGUCGGGCUUUCGCGGCCGAGCGAGGUCUCCGAGCCUCUCACAGUCACCUUGCAAAGGGCCACCAUCGCCGCCUGCCCACCCCGUUUCGAUCUUGAACUUAAGGACACGGUCGCCCUCGAGAACGAACAGGCCGAGUUCGUCGUACAAUUCAUCGGUAUUCCGUUACCGAAGAUCUCGUGGUUCAAGGAUGGCUUCGAAAUCUUCAGCAGUAGACGCACCAGGAUUCUCACGGACAACGGAAAGAGCGUGCUUUUAAUUCAUCAGACCGCCCUCAACGACGAGGGCGAGAUCAAGUGUACCGCCACCAACAGAGCGGGUCAUAUUUCCACCAGAGCUAAAUUAAUUCUCGAAGCUCCACCGCGGAUACGGUUGCCUCGUCAAUACGAGGAUGGUCUGCUUUUCGAGCAAGACGAGACGAUCAGACUGAAGGUAUCCUUAGCGGGCCGACCAUCGCCUGUGAUCACCUGGUACCACGACGGCGAGUUGAUAUCGAAGGAUGCUAGGCACGUCUUUGAGACGAUGGACGGCGAGUCGGUUCUGAAGAUACCGGACGCCAAACGAGGCGAUCGGGGAGAAUACUCAGUCAAGGCAACGAACAGACUGGGCGAGGACGCAGCGUCUUUCCUCGUCACAGUGACAGAUCGACCCGCUGCCCCCGGCAAAGUGUCGGUCGCGAUGACCUUGGGUAGAUCGGUGUCGUUAUCGUGGAAAGAGCCGGAGGACGACGGCGGCUGUAAAAUCGGGACUUACAUUGUCGAGUAUUACAGGAUCGGCUGGGAGGUGUGGCUCAAAGCGACCACGAGCAGGCGCACCUCGGCGACGUUAACGGAACUGAUCGAGGGCUCCGAGUACAAGUUUCGCGUGAAAGCGGAGAACCCUUACGGAGUCAGCGAUCCCAGCGAAGAGAGCGACGUUAUCUUCAUUCCAGACCUCAAACGAAACAUCACGUCUCCGUCAUUGAGCGAAAAGUCGCAGAGUCAUCGCGAAAUCAGCAGAUCCCGUGGCGAGAAGCGAGAAGUAAGUUUCAACACACAAAGAACCAGAAGUUUAACGAGGGAGGAAGCGGGGACGCGAGACGACGAAAGUGGCCGCUUUGGAUACAACGAUCGAUCGGCGUCCACGCAACGACUGGUCACUCCGCCGGAACGACCGUCCAGAGCCGAUAGUAGGGUGACAUUCGCGCCGGAUACUCUAGAAAAAGAAGACCUGCAACCUCCGAUUCCUCCGGCCAGAUCGAGAGAUCACGCGAGAUCAGAAGUUUCUUCUAGAACUCACGCAAAUCGAUCUAAUUCCGCGGCAGAAGCGAAAGACAAGAAAGAACAAACGAAUGCUUCGUUCUCUCGAACGCAGCCAGAUAUCGUUGCAAGGAGAGAAAGGACGAUGUCGCCGAAACCAGUCGCAGCCGUGACGGUCACUCCUGCGGUCGCCGGAAAGGAUCUCCAGACGCGUUCGGCGGCCGUGAGAGAAAGAAGAAGCCUCUCCCCGCUAUCGGUAUCGAGAACUCAAGAGUACCCGAGAGACGAAGACCGUAUCUCGACCAGCCAACAUUUUCUGCCGUCCACGAACUCAAUCCUGAAGAGACAGGCGGCUGUAGCAAACGAAUCCACGGUGUCCUUACCGAGUAACCCGCAGUCUAUGCAUAUGAUGAACGAACACGACGAGAACGCGUUGCACGGCAGCUCGGAGUUCAUGCUAGUCCUGUAUCCGGAGGACGAGACGCAAGAGAAAGACGUGAUCGACAUAACGAACGAAAUCCGAAUAGGAAGAGACAUGAACGGCGAACAGAAUAUCACCGAGUUGAUGGAAGACGAGGACGACCUGAUAGCUCCGCCAAUAUCAUUGUCUCUGCCGGAAUUAUUCAGCGAACAGCACCAGGUGGUGGAGGUGAUGCGAGAAGCGGUCAGCUCCACCGAGCUACUUCACGAGCGAGCCAUGGAACGCUUCUAUCGCGCGGUCGCCGCCGAAGAAGCGUCCGAAGACGCGAAACGGAAGACGCAGCUCGAGAGGCAGACCGGCGAACUGGCGGACGCCGAGAACGCUCAGCUGACGUCGCUUCGAAGACGCCUGUCCAAUUCCGGCCUCACCACGCAGAAUCUGAUCGCUUCGUGGCAAGCGAAGAAGAAUCGCCGAAGAUCGAGCGAAGGACAAGCCGACUCGAGCCGCAAGACGAUGAAGAUUCUUUCACCGGUUCUGCUGUCGGACGUCGAGGCCAGGUCGGACCCGAACCUCCCGUCCGAUACGACGGUGAUGAGUCCGUGGAGGAGGAGCAAUGACGAAGACUCCGUGGAACGCCUGCGUAGAUGGCACGAGACGAACUUGCCAUUGCUGGAGGAGGUGCAGUCGGAAAAAUCAAUGCAGACGACCGACGACGAGGAGACCACCACGGCCGCAGCCGCGAUGAAUGGAGCGGCGACGAAGGAAGAGAAGAUGGAGGGGACUUACAGUGUGGAGACUUCCGAGGAGUCGUCGGGAGAGAUCAGCAGCGCGGACAGUGAGGACUUGAGGUCACUGAAAUCGAGGAUCCUGUCGAGGUCGAUCAUUGACGAGGAGGACACUUACCAUCCCCGUGGAAGGCCGAUUCCGCACGUCGAGCCGGAAAUACCGUUGACACCGUACGAUAGAAUACCGACCUUGGAGAUUUCGCCUUCUCCGGCCAUCAGAAUGAUCACCGCCGUCUCGCCGAGCACCGUAGUGCCUAAGUCGAUCCUGAAGAAGCCCAGGGAGGAAUCGAAUGUGCAGGACGACAGGUCGAUUCCUCCGGAGAAACCGAUUAGAAAGAUAUUGCCGCAGCAGUAUCAUCAAGAAGAAGAUGUUGAGGACAAUACCCAAGGUUUUAAUACCCAAGAGGAACUUCCGGACCUCCCAAAGAUGUCCGAGAUCCUAAAGACGCCCACGAUGUCGGAAUCCGACACGGACAGCAUCGUGUCGGCGGCGGAAGCGGCGAAGAGUCGCAGGAUACUAUCGAAAAUGCGAUCCAUGACGUCCGAGGAGGAGGCGGCCGAGGCGGAGGCUAGAAUGGCGGUCGUGAAUCAAUACACCGAGAUAGUACGGGAGCAUUCGAGUCACUCGAGGGGUUACGAUAGCGCGGCCAGCUCCCGAAGGUCCUCCUUUUCCGAGGAUCAGGAUCAGAAGCACAGAAUACAAGAGAAACUCGCAUCGAAGCCGACGACGACGAAGAAACAGGAGCAGGACGAUGCGUCGAGAUCGAGUGUCAAGAGCAAGAAUGAGCCCCCAAAGAAGAUCAACCAAACGACAGCUUCCCGAAAAGGGAGCUCCGAUUCCAGAGGCACGACUCCCGCGAGGGGGAGCAAACCGAGCUCCAGGGACCAAUCCCCAGCCGCGAGGAAAAGAGACCUGCCGGUGGAACGAGCGAGAGGCUCCUCUUCGAGGUCGUCUUCGAAAACGCGGAAUCGCACGCCUUCUCAGGACAGGAGCAAGCGGUCGAGAAACGACGAGUCCCACGUUAUCGGCGAAAGAUCGCUGGAGCAGGGUACACGCAGGUCCAAGGUACCCUCCAGACCUUCCUCACGCUCCUCGUCGAGAUCGAAUUCUAAGGAACGCCUCGGAAAGACGGUGGAGUCGAAGGUCGAGAAACUUCAGAAAGCGCUCGAGAGUAACAAGUACCGAGCGGUGAGGAGAGAAUCCGAAGUCGCCAAGCAGAACGCCGAGGAGGAACGCACUCCUGACCGAACAGACGGCGAGAAGUUGGUCUUGGAAGCUAAGAAGAAGGUCAGGUCGACGGUGAGCUACGUGACCGACUUGACGCUGCUGAUGGCGGCGAUGUACGUGUACUUCUUCAAGAAGGAGACCUUCGCCAUACCGUUCAUCGCGCUUCUUCUGUACCGAAGAGUCCAGGAGGAGGUGCACAAUUAUGCGUCGAGGAGUAAAGGACCGCCAGAAUGGAUCGAAGAGGAGCAGAUCGUGUCGGUUCAAGGAUACGUGGGCGAGGACAUCGUCGCUGAGCUGAAGCUGGCUCCAUCCGAUCAUUAUGAUGACCUACGAUUCGAGCUAAUACGAGAUGGAUUGCCAAUCUCAUCGGACCGUUAUCGAUUGUCGAUGCGAGGCAACGUCGUGCAACUGGCUCUGAAACAAUCGCAGAAGAACGACGCGGGCUACUACUCGCUGGUGGCGACGAGACUCGGGCAAGAUAAAGGAGCUUCGAAGAAGAUUCACAUGAGCAUCGACGAGACGAGCUACGAAGAGGGCGACCCCCCGAUCUUCUUGAGAAGAUUGAGCGACCUCGCGGUGAAGGUCGGCACCCGCACCAGAUUUCUCGUAGAAAUCCGAAGCGUGACGACUCCGAAGAUAACGUGGUAUAAAAAUGACGCGGCCAUCCACGAGGGGCCGAGAUUUUCCCUCGUUCACGAGGGCAAUUUUCAUUGCGUCGACGUCGUCCCCGUCACAGUGGAGGAUCAAGGACGCUGGACCUGCAUGGCGGAGAACCGCAGCGGGCGAUCCUCGUGCACGUCCACUCUCACAGUCGUUGUUCCCAAGGCUUACAAGAAGCCGGAAUUCAUCGAAGAACUCCGCGCGCUACUCACCGAGACCGGCACCGUGUCGUUGGAAUGCAAAGUAGUCGGUGUGCCCACGCCAGUGUUGAGGUGGUUCAAAGACAACAAGGAAAUCAAAGCUGGCGAUGUUUUCGCUCUCACCGCCAAUCCCGACGAUCCCACGUCUCUCGGGGUUUACACCUGCGAGGCGGUCAACUGCAUGGGAACGGCUUAUUCCUCCUCGAAGGUUCACGUAGUCGGAAGGGGAAGUCGAGAAGGUUCACUGAAGCCGGCGGAUGCUCUGUCACCGUCCGGGCCACUUCCGAUCUUCAAACAGAUAUUGCAAGACGAAUGCUGCCGCAUCGGGGACACUCUCGUGUUAUCUUGCCGAGUUCAAGUACCACCAUGGCCGCGGGCGAUCUCCUGGUACAACAAAGGAGGGCGCGUCGAGCCGAGCGAGAAGUACCACGUGAUGGAGGACGGUAUCGGCGGGUACUCGAUCGAGGUAAAGCAGGUGGAAGCCGUGGACGAGGGUGAGUGGAAGUGCGUCGCCACCAGCGAGGAGAACAUGAAGCAAUUCACGAGCUGCUACGUGGCAAUGUCCAUCCCAAGGAACUAUAGGAAGCCGCGCUUCAUGGAGAAUCUGAAGGCCGUCCUGACGGAAGAAGGUCUGGUCUCGUUCGAAUGCAAAGUCGUGGGUUUCCCGACGCCGUUGCUGAGAUGGUUCAAGGACGGUCAAGAACUCAAGCCGGGAGACGUCUACCAGCUGACCGGGACUAAUUCGUUAGGUUCUUAUUGCUGCAUCGCGAGAAACUGCAUGGGCGAGGCCAAAAGCACAGCCGAAUUAACUAUCGAGGAUAUCCAGAAUCAGCUGAACGAAGAGGAACGCUUCCAGCUGAUGAGCACCAAUCAGCCGCCGAAGUUCAUCAAAGGACUCAGAAGCUGCGAGGCCAGGAUAAACGAAGAUUUUCAGUUUACAGUACAAGUGAGCGUCGCGCCAGAACCGAGUCUCUCUUGGUACCGAGACGAUGCGGCGGUGGACGAAAACGACAAGUAUCGUUUAGCGAAGGAGACUCUGGGCACGUGCCAUCUCGAAGUGCGAAAGCUCGAAUUCGUCGAUCAGGCCGAGUGGAAGUGCGUGGCGGCGAACGAUUUCGGCCACAGCGUCACUUCUUGCUUCUUGAAGCUGAUCAUCCCCAAGCAUUACAAGAAACCGAAAUUUCUCGAGAGCCUGCGCGCGAUCCUGUCGGAGGAAGGCGCCGUGAACUUAGAGUGUAAAGUUAUCGGCGUGCCGCAGCCGGUAUUGAAAUGGUACAAGGACAACGUGGAGCUCAAACCCGGCGACAUUCAUCGAAUCAUUUCCGGACAGGACGGCACCUGCUGCUUGGGAACGUAUACUUGCGAGGCUGCGAAUUGCAUGGGAACAGUCAGCAGCUCCGCGUCAUUGUUAGGAUUCGAAGACAAGAAACCUCCUACGAAAGAGAUUCAGUCGCCGAACGGCCACGAGCUCGCGCGAAAUCUGUCGUUGUCUACGAUACACGAGGAACGAACGUCGCAAUUAUACGAUACACCGCAAACGGAUCACUCGGUCACCUUAGAUGAGCGAGGCGAGGUGUCGUUCAGUUUUGACGGUAAGGAAGUGUCGGUCAGCCUGUACGAGACGCCCGAUCUCACCGAGGAGGAAGCAUUGCAGAUCGUCGAGAUGUACGCCGAUCAACUAUCCGAGCAUGUGACAGAGCACAAUGUGAUCGAGCUACCGCCGAUGAGGUUCGUGAAAGAAACGUCCACGUCGGGUAACCUGCUGAUGGAAGCCGUGGUGAUCGACGUGUCGCCCGAUUACUUCGUCAGCGCGGAGGACGGCGACGAUCUGCGAACGGAAGCCGACUUCGAGGAUGUUUCCAUCAUGGACGACGUGACGCACGUUCUCUCGUCGCCCGAGCGCGACUCCCGGGGUUCCCUGAAGAGAUCAGCUCGAUACAACGGCGAAGAGGACGAGAAGGCUCCCAGUAGGCCACCCCGCAAGAAAUCGACGAGCAUCUCGUCGUCGAAGAGCCAGCGUUUCGAAUCCGAGAGCUUCCACAGCGCCCAGAAGGACGAGCCGCCGUUGUCUCCUCUCUCGUCUAUGAAGCAAGACGACAGCGAUACCUUCGCGGACGCUUUGUCCUCCGCGCACCUCUCCAUCACGGAGAGCAGCGCCGCCGACAACAGGAAACGCAGCCUGAGCGCCGAAAGAACGGCCGGUUCCAGCCUGGACGACGGGAUCGGCGGCGAUUCCUCCUUCGACUCGGUGACCGGCGCGCCGAAGAAGAAGAAGCAACGCGGGAAGAAGUACGACAAUUCCGAGGAAUACUCAGGCCCCAGUGACUACGAGGAAGAGAGAGAGAGCGAAUCGGGAGGCGGAGUUGGCACGAAUACGGGACAACAUCCAGCUAUAGAAUCGGCGGACAAAAUAGAAACGGACAUUGGGAGCAGCGUCGAGCAAAAGACGGUGAAGAAGAUGGAGGAAAAUACGCUGGAUGAUUCAAGAGGCGCGAAGAAAGCCACUGUUCUGCUCGGCGCCAAGGGAGAGAUCCCGGAACCGACAGAGGACAUUCUCGUGGAGCCGAGACUGACGUUACGCGAAGCUACGCAGGCGUUUGAGAAGAUAUCCGACAGUUUGUCACCGCGACUGUCAAACGUUCGUCAACGAAUCGACGAGAUAUAUCACCGACUGGAGGCCCCAGUCUGUCGAGGUAAGAGCCUGGACAUCGAGCUGGCCUAUCUCGAGGCGCCGCUGCGCGCGUUGCUGAAGACGAUCGGCGAAAUCAAGUUGGCGGAGGACGUGGAGAUCGUUCGCAACAUUCUGGAGCCGUCCGUCGUUCAGUUAUCGCGCGUCAUCGCGAGUCUCCAGUCGGCACCCUUGCAGCCCACGCUGGCGGUCUUGGGGAGGAUCAACGAGAGCAUUCGCGCCAUCCCCAACGGGACGUCGAUCUCCGACGAGUCCCGAAAUAUAUCCAGAGAGAUCGUGGAUCCUCUGAUCAACGUCCAAGCGGCCUUCGGCACGAUCUUGGACUGCAUUGAGCAGUCGAGGCACACGAACGGCAGUCUGCAGCAAGCACUCGGCACCUCGGGCUUCGCAGCGUGUCUGAUAGAACUGCGAGAAUGCGCGUCCCACGCGGCGCACACCGCGAUGACGUUCAGGGAGAACGAGACGCUGAACAGCCUGACGGAGUUCGCGGAGCCUCUGCUGGAUCUUCAGAUGGUCUUGGCGUCGGAGGAGUACACUCCCCGGGAACUCCCGGUCAUUCGAGAUACGAUCGUCGCCAUCGAGAACUUGAAGAGCGUCGUUGCGACGGUGGCGAAAAGCUCCGGGCAUUCCGAGCCGACUUGCCGAGUAGGAACGAUCCUGAAAACCUUAGAGGACACCGGCAAGCAGAUGUCGAAAUUGGCGGGGCGAUUGUCGGAGGCGAGCGACGUCCGCGCGAAACACGCGCUGAAGUAUUUGAAUCUUGACGAAAGUCUGAGCGGCGUGCAUUUCGCCUUGUCCUCAGUCUUAGAGAAGCAAGAUCAACUCGCAGCUUCGUCCCACCUGCUCGGCUGCAUCGAGGCGUUGCGUCAGACCGUCGGCUCUUCGGCGGUCGCGAUCGCCAACUUGAAGAACCCGAUGGACGAUGAGAUAACGCGGGAAAUCAGCGGAAUUAACCGGUCCUUGUUGGAUCUGCGGAGGAAUUUGUUGACGGAGCAGCAUGAGCCGCAGGAAGAAGCGGUUCUGUACAAUUUGAUCACUCCCGUUGACACGCUGAAAAAGAUACUUCACAGCGUAAUCGAGAGAGGCUCCUCGGUCGAGCCGAUAGUGCCGAUGUUGCAGUUACUGGAGGAGAUAGAGAAGGAUGCUCCUCUAGUAGCGAAAGAAGUAUCCAAGAGGAGGAAGGAACAAGCUGCUACGAAGUCCGAGCGGAAAAACGGGGAGAAGACGGACUCGAGGUCUGCUCUGGCUGGCCAAAUCGGACGUUCCUUGGAUCCCAUGAAAAACUGGUUAUCCACCGCGUCCGAGGACAGCACGAAAGACGAGAUGGAGUCGGUACUGAGCUCGACGAUCGCGGAACUGAAGAGAAACGUGAGCAAGAUCGCCGUUCAAACGUCGUAUUCUGAGUCGCCGAGCGACAAGAGCUUGAUAGAAGCGCUGAUCGAUCUUCGGGAACCGUUGACGAGGCUUCAAAACGCCAUCUCCAUAUAUCACAAGCCGGAAGAUCUUUCGACUCUGGAAGGCUUAGAUCGGCCUAUGAAGCAUCUGCUGCAAGCCAUCAUGGACGUUCUUCGCGAACACCAGGAAGAAGAGUCCCUGCGGCCGAUAGUGAGCAUCGUCGAGCGGAUUGAGAAUCAAAUAUCGCUCUCGAUCAGGGAAACUCUUUACCAGCAGGAACUCAAACAGUUCGCCGCGGAAACGGAAGAGGAGGUCGUAACGGCCUCUCGGGAGACGAUUCCGGGCACUCUUACAGAAAUCCCCACUCCGUUCGAAGCCUCCUCCACCACGUUGCCCACCGAACAGACGGAGGAUGGCUCCAAGAAGACAGCCGACGACGUCGCUCUGCGGAUCGCGAAGGACGAGAAGCGCAGGAAAGAAGAGAACGCGUGCAAACUGAUCGCGGUCUUGUCGGAAACGCUGGAGAAGCUCCAGCUUGAGAUGACCGGCAUCUUGGAAGACUUCGAGGAAUCGACUACGAGAACAACCGCGAUGCCCCAGUCAAAACUGGCGAACUCCUUGGAGGAGCUGAGAAGGACUAUUUCUACGAUACGCGUGAUGACCACCGUCUACGGCGAAGAGAUCGGCUCGUUCGAGGAGAAGGUCAACCAGGCUACGUUGGUGCUGACCAAUUUACUGCAGCCGCUGACGAAUAUCCGCACGGUUCUCUCGAGAACGCACGAGCACGACGUUCUGGAACUCAUGAUACUGAAUCGGCUGAGCCCGCUAUUGGACACGAUAGAAAACGACGUGAUUAGGCAGACGACCGAGUUCGUCGGCAAAGGCGAGGAGACGGAAAGGGAGUUCGAGGGUCUCCUGUGCGUACUGGGGGAAAUCAAAGCGGAAGUGCCGAUCGUGGUACAGGAGAUAUCGUCGAGGCGAAAGAUCCUGGAGCACCUGUGGGACAUCUCGAGACCCUUGGAGAGCAUUCUGGAGCGUAUGAGCGAUCUGAAGAAAGCGGCGGAGGAGAUCCUCGAAACGGACGUGGCGCGAAUCUUGAGCAAGGCGACGGCUCUUCUUCUCAGGGACAUCAAGACCGCCGCCCAAGAGUCGGGCGUGUUGGAUCAACGGGGACCGGUGAUCCUCGAGUUACACAAUCUUCUGGAGCCCCUCUUGGAAUUCCACAGUUGCCUCUCGAUGGUGCAGAGCAGCCGACGAAGUUUGGCUCCCGAGGCUUCUCUGUUGGACGAGAGAAGAAGCGUCAUUCUGCGAGCGGUCGAGGGUUUACGAAAGCAAGUUUGCGACACCGUCGAAGCGAUCGCGAGCAUGCCGGAGGGCCCCUUGUUCGAGGAGUCUCUGACGCAGCUGAACUCCGCGAUCCUGCAGGUGCAAAAGCAGGUAGGCAAGACCGAUUACUCGCGGCGCUCCAGCAGCAUCAAGAUUCCUCUUCAGCAUCGACUGACCGGCGCGUUGGCGAGCUUGGCGAGCGACAUAACAUCUCUGGAAGAACGUACCGAUCGGGACACGCGCGGAAUAGUGUCCAAGUGCUUGGAAGCGUUGCAGAAACAGAUCUCUCUCGCGCAGACGCAGCUUAUUCAGACCGAGAGUCAACUGAUCGACGAAGAGGCGGUCAUAGAGGGCUUCCUUUAUCCGACUAACCAACUUCUGUCGGCGUUGAACGUCAUCAAAGAGAAUGCGCAGCAGGGAGUGGCGACGGCGAUUCCGCCGAAUUUCACGAACCAGCUUCUGCAAUUAGCAGGCUCCAUCUCGGAAAUGAGCUCCUCUCUGUCGGCGCACAAGACGGAGCUGAUUCGAGAAGGCGCUUCGAAAGGCGCGCCCAUUGUCGAGACCUUCUCCGCCGUUAUAGAUGUCUUGGACCACGUGAAGGACGCUAUAAUGACGAUAGAGGAGAUAGCGGAGGUCGAGAGGAAAGCGAGCGUGGUUAUCACGAAGGUGGAGAGCGUCACCGACGAAGUUGUCGAAGUGUCGCGGGAAGAAAUCGAGAGCGUGACAAUGCUCACGGAAAUACCGCCGACCAAAGCGGUGGCUGAGGAAAAUGCUCAAUUGAGGAUCGAGGAUGAGCCAAUUGCGACGCGAGCACCCGAAUCAGGUGAUCGGGAAACGGUAAUCCGCGCCGAUGCGAAAGCGGAAGAUUUGAGUGAGGAGGAUCGAGAGGAAAUCGAAAGACGCCUCUAUCAAACUCAAUUGUCAAAAUUCAGCUCUUCGAUCGGGAAUCUGGAACAGCCGUUGAGGGAACUCGUGGAUUUUGUCAAAUCUGCGAUGCAAGGCUCGUUGGCUUCGAAGUCCGAAGAGGACAAGCGGAAGGUGCGCGAACUGACGGUCUUGAUACAGAAUCUUUAUGAUCUGCAAGCGACGAGCACUUCCGUCAAGGCGACUCUGUCUUCCACAUCCGUUACGCCGUUAGAGAGCCAAUUUCGCCGUAUGGAAGAGAUCUUCGUUGACUUUGAGCGAGCUGUCGAUGCGGUCAUUUCUCUGACUCACGGAGAAGUGCAUCCGGAAUUAAAAGAGAACAUAAUGAUAUCAUUGCAGUCUUUCGCCGAGCCCUUGGCUGCUCUCGAAAGUACGCUGCUGUCGAUAUGCGAAACGAUUGACGAAGGCAAACGCGCCGAGGGAGAGCCGUCGACUGCGAUUCCGAGAGCUUUAAUAUCGUGCAUCAACGAUACUCGGAAAUCUCUAAGUGAGAUUCAAGUAUUGAGGCACGUUAGGAUCGCCGACGAGAAAGAAACGGAGAUGAGCGCGAAAGUAAAGGAGGAAACGAAGGACAUCGAGGAGACGACCGCCCGACCGCUCGAGGAACUCAUAGAAGCCAUCAUGGAUUCUCAGGAACGGGUGAAAGGCGACAAAACGUUAGAAUCCAUCUCGCCUUCCACGGAUCCGAUCGAGUCGAAAAGCAUCGACGAUCUGAAUUCGAUGGAGGUAGGGGCGAAAUUGAGCAAAGCGAUCGCUGUAGAAGCGGAUAAUUCAGUAACGCAGGUUGCAACGUCUGUCGCGGGUGCGGCAGAGACGCCAGCAUUGCCGUCCAGCCAAGUCGAAGAACUACCCGCUGAAGAGAGAGCAUUAACACCGAAAUCGUUGACGGAGUCUCCGGAGGAGGUCGAAGAGCUGAAGCUGACAACGGUUGCUCGGCAAAAGGCGGAGUUAAGUCUAUUACCCGAGGGCGGUGUGACGCAGGAAGGACAGGUGAAAGUUGAGACUUUGCGAGCGAUCAUCUGUCCUCUUCAAGAAAUGUGCAAGACGAUCGACGAGAUCGGAGAAACGGAAGUGCCAAGGUCGCCCGACGACGAGCGAGCAGUCGCGUUAUCGACUCUCGUAGAGCCGUUACUGAAUCUGGAGCUCAUGUUAAACAGGGAAUCGCAGCGAACAGAGUCCAUUUCGCGCGAAGGUACCGAGGAGAUCGAGCAGGAUACGACGCGGAAGUUAUCGGUCACGACGGUUUUGGAGGAACUGCAGAAGUCGAUCGCCACGGUUCAAGAGCAAGUACAGCUCAGCACCGUGGCCGAAGGCGGCUCGAGCGAGAAGGCGCGUUUAAUGCGAGCUGUCGAGAAGCCGUUAGAAGACCUGAGGACGUCAAUCGCCUGUAUCCAGUCCGACCCGAUGACUUGUCAGCAAGAGCCGGAAUUAUCGAGCGCCGAACACAUCACGGUGCUGCAAGCCGUUGCCAAAACGGUGGAGGAAUUCGGGCAUAAAUGUAUGUCUAUUAUUGGCCAACCGAAAAUAGAAUCGCCCGUGCCGCUGGCGCAAGUCGUCAAGCGAGAGGACCGAAAGAUGGACCCGGAAAUCUUGCACAAGAUCGUUGACCCGAUCCACGUUCUGCGCGAGACGCUCUCCCAGCUCGAGGAUCUCCAAGAUCACGAGGCCGAGUUGUCGUUGGAAAUAUCGGAGAAGAAGAGAGAGGAGGCUGUUCAAUUGAGCGCAGUGAUGCACCCUCUGGAGAAACUGGAGCAAUCGCUGAAGGCGAGUAUCGCAGUAACGCAGGAGCACGUUGCGGAGGAGCUCGGCGCAACUCGAGUUUCCUUGGAAAACGCGAACCUGAAACCCGUGCUGGAGGAGCUGAGGAACUCGAUUAUCGUAGUUCAGCAACAGGCAGCCGUUAGCGAGAACGUCCUCGUAGUAAAGACGAUAAGGGAGGCCCUGGAAGGCUUGAAAAUGUCGCUGGCAUCCGUCGAGGAGAUCGUCGAUCAGACCGAGGCGGUCUCGACUCUCCUGACGUUCGCGGAGGAAACGGCGAGCCAGCUAGAAACCGCGGCCAGUCGGCAGCGAGAAAUUCGAGAGUCUCCUCUGCUGAAGACGAUAGCCAUGCCGAUCGAGGGGCUGCAGAGCGCGAUACUGCGGCUGGAGGACCGGAUGUGCCAAGCGCUGGAGACGCUGGAGAAGCCGACGGUCGCUUUAGAAUGCAUGCUGCAGCCGCUGCAACAGCUGCAGCGGACGUUCCUGACCGCGCCUCACGAAGAGACCGGGCUGCAACGGCUGCCGAUCAAGCCGGCGUUGGACGAUCUGAGCAGAUUCGUGCCAGUGAUCCAAGAUCAAGUCGCGAGCGUGCUAGAUAAGAUACUCGCUGAGAACGACUCGGCGGCGCUGAAGGACUUCGCGAGGUCGCUCGGCAACUUGAGAACGUCCACGGUGGUGUUGCAGCAACUGAACGCGAUAGAGAACGCGGGCCGGCAGAUCAUCGAGGUGGAAAACGCGUCCGCGUUGCAGGCGUUCGCGAAAUCCAUCGAGGAGUUCCGAAGAUGCUGCCACGCGGUGGCCGAGCGGCCGAGGAUCGUCGAGGCUUUCGCGAGGAGCGCCGAGCAGCCGGCCAAGGUGGAGGCGCAUCUGCUCGAGAACAUCAUCGCGCCUCUGCGUGUACUGCAGGAGCAGAUCUUGACGAUCGAGGAGAUCAAGAUGCACCAGUCCGAGACGCUGGACGUCAGGGACGAGAGGAAACCGGCCACCGUGUUGAGCAGCUUGGUCGGCCCCCUGCAGGAGCUCGAAAAGUCCUUCGUCGCCACGGUGCAGAAGGAGCACGUGAUCGAAGCGCACCGCUUGACAGCCGAGCUGCCCUCCGUGAGCUUGGAGAAUCUGCAGCCCAUCCUCGAGGAGGUGCAGAAGUCCAUCGCGAGCGUUCAAGAGCACGUGGUACUGGAGGCGGGAAGCCACGUGCCGUCGGAAGCGGAAGUGUUGAAGUCGAUCGCGCAACCCCUGGUGGAUCUGAGAGCCUCCGUCGCGUCUGUGCAGCAGGUGACCGCGCUCGCCCCCGAUUCCCUGAGCGAGCUCGGGCAAGAGCAGAACGUCUCCGCUUUGGAGACCUUCGCCGAGACCCUUCAUAACUUGGCGGAGUGCAUAGCGAUGUGCAAUCAUCAGCAGAUAGUGAUGGAGCCCGCCGCGGACACCAUCUCCGAGGUGGACGCUUCGUCCUUGAACACGUGGGCGGACAUAAUCGAGGAGCCCGUCUCGCGAGUCACGCGGCCGAUGGUGAUCGAUCAGGGCACGGUGGAGUCCCCGGCCUCGAUCGCCGCCUCCAUCUCGGACGACGAGGCAUCCGUGCUGAAGAUCUUGGCGAAGCCUCUGACCGAACUGCGGGAGUGUCUGGCCCUGAUCGUCGAAGAGCGCAAGGUGAUCGCGCCGAGCGAGAACGCGUCCUCCUUGUCGGAAAACCUUUCCUUACUGAAGACGAUGAUAAAGCCCUUGCUGGAACUGAAGGACGCUGCCGCGAUAGCCAUUCAAGAGCAGACCGCGAUCGAGCGGGCGAGCGAGCAUUCGUUCGUCGUCGAGGCCGAAAGUGAAUUCGCUCUUCAUCCUUUGGUGGAGCCGUUGGAAGAGCUGAGACACUCGAUCGCGGUGAUACAGGAUCAAAUGCUGAUCGAAACGUCGACGGAUCGACCGGGGGAAGUCGUCGCGUUGAACGCGUUAGCGGAACCCCUCCUUGACCUCCAACGCGCUAUCUCGGUGUUAGAGGCGCGAGUGGUCUCACCGGACGUUGAGUCGAUGCCCGACGACACGAGCAACUGGAUCACCGAGUGCUUGGCGACCCCUUUGCACGAGAUAGAAAGAUCGAUAGCCGAUAUUCGACAGUGCACCGUGAUGGAACCGGCAACCGCGCUCGUGCGGGAACAAGGAAGGACUUUAACGCCAGACUGGUCGAUCGUGGAAAAAUUGAUGAAGCCGAUAACAGGGAUUAGAGCAGUCAUAUUGCUCAUGGAAGGCGAUUCUGUUAGAACCGAAGCCAUCAAAACGAUGAUGAAGCCACUGGUGAGUAUGCAGGAGAACUUGACGUUGCUGAGAAACAAGUCUGAUAUGGGCAGAGUGGAAGAUGAAGGCAACGCGGACGCCAUCGUCGAGUCCCUUUCCAAACUGGAGAAAUGCAUUUCGUUCAUCGAGAGGAGAAACAUCGACAAAUCAUCGGUUGAACAAUCGAGCACGACGGAGGUGGAUACCGCCAUAUCGUCUGUACUUAGUUCAUUGAGUGAGCUGAAACGUUCCAUUGUCACUGUGGAGGAGUCGCCGAGCGAGUAUCUGAGCAACCUGGAGAAACCGUUGGAGCUCGUGCAAAAUGCGCUCGAGACAGUUGUAUCCGUGCAACGACGUAAAAAGCUGUCGAGUCUGUCGGCGAAAAUGCAAAGCAGCGUUUCGGAUAUCAACGACGCGAUUGAGACUAUUGGACGCAGGUUGGAGGAGCGACAAGCACCGGUCGCCGUCGAAGUUCACAUCGAAUGUGAGGCACUCGGUACGUUGGCGAAACCGUUGCGCGGUAUCAAACAAUGUAUCGCACAAAUACCGGAGGAACCGAACACUGCCGAAUCAAUGAUUAGUGCACUCCAGAAUCUGGAGAAAUCCAUGUCACUGAUACGAGAGCAGUCGGCCGAUAAACCGUUGGCGGAGUCUCAGGAUACGCAUUUCGCUGAUACGAUAGGACUCUCGAGAAAUUUAGUACCGUGCUUGCACGAGAUGCAAGAAUCGAUAGAGACAACGAAGACAUUGUGGCAUGAGAAAACAGUACUGGAAGGAUUGACGAUUCUUGAAGAACCGCUUUACAAACUGCAAACUCUGAUAAACAUUAUGUGUGAGCAAUUUUUAAUAGGAGACACGAUUUGGAUAAUGGAUGAGAAAGAAGAAGCACCUAAAAAGAAACUCGCAAAGAAGGAGGACAAAGAACCGGAUACGGAAAACCAGGAGAGAUUCGAGAAAAGAGAAGAGGAAGAAGAUAAAAAGUCGGUAAAAGAGAAACCAGAGCAACGAGAAAUUGAUAAAUCUGAAAGAAACAAAGAAAAAGAUGAGAAACAAAGAAAAGAGGAAGCAGCGGCAAAAGUGGACCAGACGAAAAAAGAAGUUGACGAAGUAAAGAAGGAAGAAGAUGAACAAAAAGAAAAGAAAGAAACUGUGCAACUAAAAGAAAAGAAACAGGCCGAGGAAGAAGUAAAAAAGAAAGAGAAAGAUCAGAAAAAAGAGAAGAUAAUAGAAAAAGCAAAAGAGGACAAAGAUGAGAAAGCAAAAAAUGAAAAGGAGGAAAAGGGAAAGAUAUCAAAAAAAAAAGAAGAGGAGUCUAGUAAAAAAGAUGAGACAGCACAAAUAAAAACAGAAGUGGAGAAACCAAAGAAAGAGGAUGAAGCGGACAAUACGAAAAAGGAAGAAGCGAUGGAAAAAGGAAAAGUGGAGGAAAGUGAAAAACCAAAAGACAAGGUUACAGAAAAGAAAAAAGAGGAGUCUAGUAAAAAAGAAGAAACUGCACAAAUAAAGAUAAAAGAAGAGGAAAAGAAGAAGGAUGAAACCGAAAAAUCCAAGAAAGACGAAGCAAUAGAAAAACCAAAAGAGAAAGAAGUUGCAAAGGCAAAGAGCGAUAAAGUUGAAGAAAUGGAAAAUAAAAAAGAGGAGACUAGUGAAAAAGAAGAAACUGCACAAAUAAAGAUAAAAGAAGAGGAAAAGAAGAAGGAUGAAACCGAAAAAUCCAAGAAAGACGAAGCAAUAGAAGAACCAAAAGAGAAAGAAGUUGCAAAGGCAAAGAGCGAUAAAGUUGAAGAAAUGGAAAAGAAAAAAGAGGAGACUAGUGAAAAAGAAGAAACUGCACAAAUAAAGAUAAAAGAAGAGGAAAAGAAGAAGGAUGAAACCGAAAAAUCCAAGAAAGACGAAGCAAUAGAAGAACCAAAAGAGAAAGAAGUUGCAAAGGCAAAGAGCGAUAAAGUUGAAGAAAUGGAAAAGAAAAAAGAGGAGACUAGUGAAAAAGAAGAAACUGCACAAAUAAAGAUAAAAGAAGAGGAAAAGAAGAAGGAUGAAACCGAAAAAUCCAAGAAAGACGAAGCAAUAGAAGAACCAAAAGAGAAAGAAGUUGCAAAGGCAAAGAGCGAUAAGGUUGAAAAAAUGGAAAAGAAAAAAGAGGAGACUAAGGAGACUAGUGAAAAAGAAGAAACUGCACAAAUAAAGAUAAAAGAAGAGGAAAAGAAGAAGGAUGAAACCGAAAAAUCCAAGAAAGACGAAGCAAUAGAAGAACCAAAAGAGAAAGAAGUUGCAAAGGCAAAGAGCGAUAAAGUUGAAGAAAUGGAAAAGAAAAAAGAGGAGACUAGUGAAAAAGAAGAAACUGCACAAAUAAAGAUAAAAGAAGAGGAAAAGAAGAAGGAUGAAACCGAAAAAUCCAAGAAAGACGAAGCAAUAGAAGAACCAAAAGAAGAAAAAUUUGAAAAACCGAAGAGUGAGAAAGUUGAAGAUCUGGAAAAGAAGAAAGAGGAGUCUGAUAAAAAAGAAGAAACUGCACAAAUAAAGAUAAAAGAAGAGGAAAAGAAGAAGGAUGAAACUGAAAAGUCCAAGAAAGACGAAGCAAUAGAAAAACCAAAAGAAAAAGUUGAAAAACCAAAGAGUGAGAAAGUUGAAGAUCUGGAAAAGAAGAAGAAAGAGUCUGAUAAAAAAGAAGAAACCGCGCAAAUAAAAGUGAAAGAAGAAGAACAGAUGAAGAAGAAAAAUAAAACUAAAAAACCAAAGAAAGACGAACCAAUAGAAAAGCCGAAAGAGGAAAAAGUAGAAAAACCAAAGAGUGAGAAAGUUGAAGAUCUGGAAAAGAAAAAAGAGGAGUCUGGUAAAAAAGAAGAAACCGCACAAAUUAAAGUGAAAGAAGAAGAACAGACAAAGAAGAAAGACAAAGCUAAGAAACCAAAGAAUGACGAAGCAAUAGAAAAGCCGAAAGAGGAAAAAGUCGAAAAGACAGAAAGCGAGAAUGUUGAACAGCUAGAAAAGAAAAAAGCAGAGUCUACUAAAAAAGAAGAAGCCGCACAAGUAAAAAUAAGAGAAGAGGAACAGAAAGAAAAAGUCGAAGCUGAAAAACCGAAAAAAGAAGAUGAGAAACAAAAACAGCCAACUGCAGUUGAAGAAGCGAAGGUAACUCCAGAGGAACAGAUGAAAGUAACGGAUACACAAGAGAGUAUACAAAGGAAAAGUAAGAGGGAAAGUAAGAAAGCAGAGAAAGCGAGUGAUGAGCAUAUAGAAAAGAAAAAAGAAGAAAUUCCUAAGAUGGACGAGAAAAUAUCUGAAACACAGAGUGAAUACAUGAAUGAUGUAACGAAAGAAAACGAUAUGAAUGAAAGCGAACGGCAAUAUAAGAAAUCAAACGAAGAUUGGGAAAGAGAAGGGAGACCACGUAUAAAACAGAAACAAGAAGAGGAAUUCAGCGAGAAAAUUCCACAGUUACAGGCAAGAGAAGAUAAAGACUUACACUUAAGAGUAAACGAAGACAAAGAAAUGAAAGUGACGAAAAGAGAAGAAGAACGGAUGCAGCGAUGGCCUCAGGACAUCAGAAGCGAUGAGUCCAGGAUACGUAAGGAGAGAAACGAUCGUCCAAGAAAAGAUGACGGCGAAAGGCUACACCAAAUAGAAAUAGAACGCGUGGAAAAGAAAAGAGACGUGAGCCGAUUCAAAAAAGAACAGACCGACUCUGCUUUAGGAGCAAACGAGGAGAAACCGCAGAGGUGGAGCGACGAAAAAUGGCUCAGGAGAGAAGAGAACGCGAGAUUAUUACGGGAAGAGGAACAAAGAUUGCGAAAAAGACGAGAUGAGGAAAUAACGAGGAGCAAGCAGAGAAGAGAAGAGCAGAUAAGAGAAAUCGAGUGGUCCAGGAAACGUCAAAGCGAGUCCGAUCGCUUCCUCAGAGACCUGCUAGAACCUAGAUACAAGCCCGAAAAGUCAACUUCGAUGUUCUUCGACGUGGAUUAUCCGCGGGAGCAUACAUCUCGGCUCGAUUAUGGAGUUCCGAUGAUGUUUUCCAGCUCGUCCAGAUCAUACAGCUGGAGGGACUCGUUGACGUCGUUAAAUCGCCGAAGAAUCGACGAUUACUGGAAUUAUAAAUUACGCCAUUUCUCCAUGAGUAAAUAUUACAUGGACGCGGGCUCGUCUUACAGAAGACGCAGGAGAAGAGAGAACCGCAUGAUUCGAGCAAGAUCGACCAGUUUGCUGAAAUACGAAGACUAUUCGACCGGGGAUAGUGACGCGACUCUCGUACCCAGCACACGUAUUCGGCUUACUCGACGGGCAAAAACGGAGACCUUGCCACGUAUCAGUCUCGACAGCUACGAUUCCGGCUCCUCGAGCUACCUCGGGCUCAGCCAAGAGAGUCUUCCGACCUGGGACAAACCGAAGAAGCCGUCGUUCUGCACGAGACUGACGAACAGAGUCGUAGGAGUCGGCAUGAGAACAAGACUGACCUGCACCGUCAUUGGUAAUCCGGAGCCGCGAGUAUACUGGACGAAAGACGGCGAAAAAUUGGACGCGUCUUCCAGUCGCUACAAGACGCGGUACGAAAACGGCAUGGCGUAUCUGGAGUUGCAUGACGUCCUUCCCGAGGACGCCGGAGUGUACACGUGCGUAGCCGAGAAUAUGCAUUGCAGCUCAACCAGCGAGUCGACUCUGAAGGUUUACUCCGACUAUAAACCCACGUAUUCGCCCCCGACUUUCGUCAGGUCGAUCAAAGACAUAUAUCGAUACUCUGAUCACAAGCUCGUUCUGGAGUGUCGCGUACGAGCAUAUCCAGUUCCUACGGUUUCCUGGUUGAAAGACGGGGAGCUUCUUCAAGGCCAGCGUUAUAGACAGAAUUACCUGGAUGACGACGUCUAUCGUCUAGAGAUAGCAAAUCCUGAUGCUUCAGAUAACGGACAGUAUACGUGUCGUGCGGUGAAUGAGCUGCGAACCGAAGAAAUAUCUCACAUGAUUCGUCUCGAAGAUCGGCAACGACGGUCUGCCGGCCGAAGCGAUCGAAGUCUGAGCGACGAAACCAGCCUGGAAAUUCCUCGAUUCUCCAAUCGACCGCGAUUCUCCAAUCUGCUGAGAGAUUACAGCGUGCCGGUUGGCGGAACCAUCGCCCUGCAAGUGGAAGUCAAAGGUGAACCAACCCCGGAGGUGAGAUGGUUCCGGGGUGACCGGAAGGAGCCGAUCUCGAUACCGAAAGCGAGGACCUUCGUCGAACACGGGCUGCACACGUUGAUCGUGCCCGAAGCGACUGAAUCGGAGAAGGGUACGUAUUUCUGCAGGGCGAUCAACGCUUACGGACAAGUGGACACAAGCGCGACGGUGGAUGUGAUAUCGUCGAGCACGAUCGACGGAGGGAAGCCGGCGGUGUUCGUCUCGAGACUGACGAGAAAAUCGAUCGAUGUGAUAGUCGGCGAAGACGUCAGCGUGUCCUUCCGGGCCAGCGGGGUCCCGAAGCCGCGAGUAACGUGGAUGAAGGGAUUAAAGGAUAUCACGGACGGGCCGAGAUCGUACAAGGAAAGUAUCGACGAUUACGUGAGGCUGACGUUGAAGAGAGCUCUACCUUCCGACGAAGGUACCUACUGCGUUCUGGUUAAGAACAGAUACGGUUGUGACAGAUGCUUCUUCUCGAUCAAGGUGAAGCAACGCGCCAGGUCGUUGACUCCAUCGCCGGAUUGGAGUUCUGUUACCGAACGCGACGCGGAAGAACUGGACGACGACAUGUCCUAUGUGAAAAACGUGCCCGGUCCAAUCGGUAGCGAGCCCGUCGUUGUUGACGGCGGCAAGAAUUGGCUCUCGUUGACUUGGGGUAAAGCGGAAAGAAGAGGGCCAGCACCAGUGAUCGCUUACAAGGUCGAGGCUUGGCUCUUAGGCGGCGAAGGUGGCGCGCGAUGGGCCGAAUUGGGCGUCACGCCAAUCAACGCGUUCGACGCGUUCAAUUUGCGGCCAGGCGGAGAAUACAAGUUCCGCGUGACGCCGCGAAAUCGCUACGGAUGGGGCGAACCGGUCACCAUGGUAAGUUCGGCGUACGUCAGCGAGAGCACCGAUCUUCCGGAGUUCUCGAAAAUCCUACCGGGCCAGCUGAAGGCUCUCGAGGGGACGCCGGUGAAACUGAAAUGCGAGAUUCGUGGAGAUCCGAAGAUGGAAGUGCGAUGGUAUCGCGAAACGACGGAGUUAGACCCGCGCAAUGAUUCGAGAUUCGCGAUACAAUACGACGCUGCCAAGUGUUCGCUGACGAUCGCGAACGUUAAGGAGGCCGAUUCCGGGAGGUACGUUUGCGAAGCGAGCAACAGGAUCGGCAAGGUGUCGUCGUUCGCCAGAGUCCUCGUCGUCACCGAUCCGAGGAUCAUCGAGGCCGACGCGAAACUGAGAUCGAGCCUGAGCAUCGAGCCGGAGGACAGGCCGCCGCAAUUUACCAUGAGGAUACGGGACAGGCGAGUGCAGACGACUUACCCGGUCCGGCUCACCUGCCAGGUCAUCGGACACCCCGUUCCGGAGAUCACGUGGCACAAGAACGGAGCAGAGAUCUCCCAAGACGACCGCCACAUUUUCUGGGACGACGACUCGAACUUUCACACCCUGGAGAUCAUCCAUUCCACCCUCGAGGACUCCGGAUGCUUUAUGGUGACGGCCAGAAACAUAAACGGUUCGGUGUCCUGCCGAUGCACCCUCGUCGUGGACAAGGGUAUCCGUGCUUACGUCGCUCCGGAAUUCCUGCGCGAUCUCGACGCCGCUUACACGAUACACCUGGGCGGGGAACUGCGGAUGUCCGCGCAGCUCGAGGCGUACCCGAGUGUCGGCGUGGUCUGGCAUCGCGAUGGUAUUCGCUUACGGCCCAGCAGAAGGGCCGCGAUGACUUUGAGUCACGACGGCACCGUCCAAUUCUCUCUGGCUAACGUCACCGAUCGCGACUCCGGAGUUUACAGCUGCACCGCGACGAACGCGGUAGGUCACACCGAGACGACCACCAGGGUGGCUGUGGUGACAGCCACCAGCCGAGAUCAGUCCACCCUCGAUGGAUUAUCGAGCAUCGCGAGCGCAACUCCGGACAUACCAUAUUCGAAAGAGCCCCUUUUCGUCACGAAACCGUUAUCGACGGAAGCGGUGGAAGGUGACACAGUCAUCAUAUUGUGCGAGGUUGUCGGGGAUCCCAAACCAGAGGUAAUAUGGCUGCGCGACUUCCUCAAGCCCGACUAUUACAGGGACGCGCCUCACUUCCGGCUGGUGGGCGCUGGGCCGCAGUAUCGGCUGGAGAUACCUUACGCCAAACUCGACUUCACCGGAACGUACUCCGUGAUAGCCCGCAACUGCCAUGGGGAAGCUAAAGCUGUAAUUUCCCUGCAAAUCUACGCCAAAGGUCAAGGCAAAGAGGACCAGACGCAAAAGUCUUUUCACGGGAAAGUGUUGACCUUGCCGAUCAUAAAGAGGGAACUGCGAGAUCUGAGGUGUUGCGACGGUGACGCCGUCUCCCUCGAGUGCAAGGUUUACGCCACGCCGGAGCCGCCUUUGAUUCGCUGGGAACGAGGCGGCAAAAUUAUCGCUAUGGUGGGCGACUUCGCCGCCGAAUUCGACGGCGAGACGGCGCGAUUGAGCAUCCAACACGUCUAUCCCGAGGACGAGGGGGAGUACACGUGUGUGGCUUACAACGACCUCGGGAAAGCGUACACGUCAGCCUGCCUAGUCGUGGACGUACCUGAAGGAAAAGAAAAUACUUUGAGCCAGAGACUGACGAGGCCGAUAGGUCUGCUGUCAGCGGGGUCGACGCCGAGGUCGACGCCGCGAUCGACGCCUAUCCGAAGCCUGUCGCCGGCGGUCUCACAUGGACGCGAAUUCAGAUCGCCACAGCAGAUGCUACCGAGGAGGGGCAUGUCGAAGCGCGCGAAGGUAUGCCCACCGAAAUUCUACGCGGUGCCGCACAACCGCCUGGUCCAGGAGGGUGAGACGGUGCGGUUCCAGUGCGCGGUGGUCGGCCAUCCGGCGCCCUGGGUAAGAUGGGACAAGAACGGCACCAUCGUGACACCGAGCGCACGGAUUUCCAUCAAGGAGCGGGACGACGUGAAGAUACUCGAGAUCGUCGAUGUGAUGCGAGAGGACGCCGCUCUUUACAGAGUGACGGCGGAGAACGAUUUCGGUCGGAUCGAGGCCAGCGCUCGCCUCGAAGUGAUAAGUCGAUACGAAACGACAAGUCGGACCAUUAGGACUAGAAGCGCCUCGCCUAGGACCUAUCCCACGUUCGACCGGAGCCUUUUGCCUACUACCAGCAGGAUAAACAGCCGUUUGCAGUUGGAGUGUCGCGUGAGAGGAUCGCCGAGCGUGACGCCGACGUGGUACAGGAACGGACGGCCACUCGAACGAUCCGCCAGGAUAAAAAGAUAUUUCGACGGUGCGACAGCUAAAAUCGAAAUAUCGAAAGUGAAAGCUAGUGACGCGGGUGAAUAUACGUGUGUGGCGACCAACGUCCUUGGGUCGACGAGGAACAGUUGCCAGGUAACCGUGUUACACUCGCACGACUCAUCCACCGCGGACAAGAACGCGCCACAGUUUCUACAACCGUUGCCGGAGGAGACAAUCGUGAUGGAAAGUCAUCCCCACGAAUUCCAGACUGGAAUUACAGGUACACCUCCGUUCACGGUUACUUGGUCCAGGGAUGGUCGCGAGUUACCCGACAACGAUCAUUACAAAUCCGUGAUAUACGGGGACGGUGGCGUUGCUUUGAGAUUGCCGGAGGUCUGUUCGCGGGAUGCCGGCGAGUACACCUGCGUGGUGCGGAACAAUUUCGGCGUUGCGUCCUGCAGCAGUCUCUUCGCUGUGCAAGACUACAAAGACGCUCCCAAAUUGGCGCCCCAGUUCACGAAGACUCCGCUGUCAGUUAUCGCCGCUAAGGGCUCCACAGCUUGUUUCUGCGCCCGGGUGCAAUGCGGAAGAGCCGCUGACAUCGUUUGGAUGAUCAACGGAAGAGACGCCCGAGAGAAUGUAAAGUGUAAGAUCGAGAGAGACGGCGGCGCGAGUAUCUUGAGAAUACGCGACGUAACGUCACGCGAGACUGGUGAAAUUCGGUGUACAGCCAGCGGAAAGGGUCCGUCCGUCGCUUGCGUCGCGAGGCUGCGAUUGCGACAUUCGUCGAACGAUCUCGCUAAUUCCGCACUGAGAGCCGAAAGUAGCCAGUCAUGCACCAAGCUGUCACCGACCAGCACCGGUCUCACGCCGGCGGGAAUCGCAUUGUUGAAACGUCGGCAACGAUACGAGAAGUCGCCGACGCGCGUCAGGUCGUCCUCGUUCCCCAGGCGAGCCGCGUCGCCGUGGGCCAAGUGCGUUUCUCCGUUGCUGACGAGGAAGCACACCGCUGACGGCGCGCCGAUGAACACCCGAAGAUCGCGACUUGACAGCGAUCUCCUGACGCGAGGGAUCGAAAAGCAAAAUUCUGACGAUAAAAAGAUGACGCCGAGCGAUCGGAGAUCGUCGGAGGAGAUCAGUGCAGCGGAGAAUCCCACGGAGCUAUUAUCGUCGACGGGAACGGAACAGUCUCGCGAUCGGGAUACCGACGAUACCGAAAGCUGUAUAAAGAACCGAAUAAUUGCAGCCUCGCGGUCAGAGCCACCGAGAGAAUCCGAUGGACCUGAGGACAAACAGGAAACGACCUGUUGUCGAAAAGAUCGGGGCGAAAGGAAUGCGGAAACGCGCACGGACGAGCCGAUGAGAGCUACGAUCGUUAAAGAGCCAAGUGAUGUCACCGUGUUCAAAGGAAACAGGGCGAUACUGCGAGUCACUUAUCAAGGACGACCCGAGCCGACGGUCAAGUGGCUUCGAGUGAAUCGGCAACUGCUCCCGGGCGAGAAGAUCAGUAUCACCAACGGGGCCGGCGUGUCCUGUCUGACAUUGGACGACGUAACAUACGACCACGCCGGGAAGUACGAGGUCUCGGUGGAGAAUUCGGCGGGCAAAGAACGCAGGUUCUUCAGCUUGGCCGUGGAAGGCCCACCGGAGCCACCCGCAGGUCGAACUGGUGCGAACCUGAGCGCCGGCCAGGCCACGAUCGUCUGGCGAUCGCCACCUUACGACGGAGGUCGCACCGUGAUCGGGUAUACCGUGGAGGCGAGACGCGCCGGUGAAAGCACGUGGAGGGUAAUCGCCGAGUCCUGUCAUUCGCUGAGUCAAACGGUACCGACGGAUUUCGUGCUACCAGGCGAAAGUUAUCGCUUCCGCGUCCGAGCUGGAAAUAUCCACGGGCUGAGUGAUCCCGGCCUCGAGUCCGAUCCUGUGAGAAUCCCGAAGCCAGGACAGACGAUGUUGCAAGAGGAGGAGGAAGACAAUUUCGAGCCGAGCUUCGAGCCUCGCAUAGUAGAGCCGGAAGAGGGCCUCGUCUUCGACGAGAGAUACGACGUUCACGAGGAACUAGGCAAGGGCCGAUACGGCAUAGUGAAGAAGGCGAUCGAGCGCACGACGGGCAUGUGUUUCGCCGCGAAAUUCGUCAGGACGAUCAAGGCGAAGGAUCGCGAGCAAGUGCGCGAAGAGAUCAGGAUUAUGAACGUGUUGAGGCAUCCGAAGCUCCUGCUGUUGGCCGCGGCUUACGAGAGUCCUCGUGAGACCGUGAUGGUCAUGGAGUAUAUUUCAGGUGGUGAACUGUUCGAGAGGGUAGUGGCCGACGAUUUCACCUUGACCGAGAGGGACAGCAUCCUCUUCAUGAGACAGAUCUGCGAGGGUGUCGAGUACAUGCAUCGAAACAAAAUCGUGCAUCUGGACUUGAAACCAGAGAACGUGAUGUGUCGUACGCGCACUUCUCACCAGAUCAAACUGAUCGACUUUGGACUGGCUCAAACGCUGAAACCCGACACGCCGGUCAGAGUGCUUUUCGGUACCCCGGAAUUCAUUCCACCGGAGAUCAUCAGUUACGAGCCCAUCGGCACCGAGUCGGACAUGUGGAGCGUCGGUGUGAUCUGUUACGUUCUAUUGACUGGCUUGUCGCCGUUCAUGGGAGACAACGAUGCCGAAACUUUCGCCAAUAUCACGCGAGCGGAUUACGACUUGGAAGACGAAGCCUUCGACGCUGUUUCGAACGACGCCAAGGACUUCAUCAGCGGCCUGCUCAUCAAGCGGAAGGAGUUGCGCAUGUCGGCCACACAGUGUCUGAGCCACCCCUGGAUGGCGCAACAUAACGCAGCCAUGAGCAGAGUGGUCUUGCCGACGGAAAAACUGAAGAAAUUCAUCGUACGGAGAAAGUGGCAGAAAACGGGAAACGCCAUUCGUGCGUUGGGAAGAAUGGCGAUGCUCUCGGCGUACAGCAGACGUAGCCCCACGACAACAGCGGAAUCGUCGCCUACGCUUGAGAAACAGUUCGACAGCCUCGAGAUGCAAUGUCCCGUCGAUGAAAGUACGGAACGUAUCGAGGCAGGCGCGGAGGGGACCGAGGCGGAAAGUACGCAUUUUUCCUCCUUCGUGAUGGAAAGAAAUAUGAAGAAACAGGAGGUAACUUGUCAGAAAGAAGAAGCUGCCGGUAUAAAUGAAUUAGCACGAACGGUCGAUCACGAGGAGUUCCGAAAUAUAGACUCGGUCGAAGAGUUAUCGACGAAAGGAGGAAGCAGUUGCUUUUCGGAGCAGGCUGACAUCGAAUUAAUCCCAAAGCAAGAUGCCACGGUGCAUUUGCAGAUCGCGGAAAAGAGUGAAGAAAACGGCAAAGAGCUCGUCGAGAAAUCUUUCGAAGCAGAACAACACAUAGUCCCGAGAUCGCAGGCAUUUUGUAGAGUCCUUCAGGGGGAUUCCCGCGACUCUGGGAUAGACGACUGUCAGAUGACUUUCCCGUUGCAAGUGGACGAGCUGGGAAUAGCGUCCACCAUCAAGGAGGAAGCGGAUCACGAGGCUCCGAGCCGAGAAGGCAAACGAACACCUAAGAGGGACGAUGCGGUGAGAAAUCGGCGGAACUCAACGUCGGGGAUUCUCGCCAGUUUGGCACGCGGCGAGGAAAUGGGAAGUAGCCGGAGCGACGACAAGGUAGCUACAAAGAGUGGUGUGACUAAAGCUUCGUGUGAAAUUAAUCUCGAGCGAAAAGCUGCCGACGAGAGUGCGGACGCAAGGAUAUUGAUCGGACGUAGCCGCGACAAGUACCUGCCGACCGGAAACGUCAGCCGCACGGCCAGGAUAUUCGAGAAGGAAAGCGCAGCAUCGAAGUCGGACGAUUCGUCGCAGGUGUCCGCGGCGCAACGUGCGUAUCCCGCCGCCAUAGUCGCGGGGAAGCCGUACAAUGAGCGGAUACAGAAGGCUUUCGCGUUCUGGAACAAAUGAGAAUAUCUUCCUGAAGCAUACUCCUCGAAUACGCAAAUCGCGUGCACGAACACAUAUUCAGUCAUCGUACACGACGAAUCCGUGCUUGAACGGUCGACGAAUUAAGGGUUGCAACAAAUCCCGUGUCCAAUAGGAAACUUUGUUCUUCAGAAGUUCUCAAAAGAUGUACAUUUUUCUGUUGGAUAUAAGAUGCACAACUUAUCGAGGGAAAGUGUUGCAAUCUUUAAUCUGCACUGAGAACAAAAAGUGGGAGAAUCAAUGAAAUUUUGCUUAAACGAAUCAAAUAUUUUCAAACACAACGUUUAGUCCAUUGAUUAAGUUAUAUAGUUGCUGUACUGAGUUAUCAAUUGAUUCAACGAUUGCGAUUUCAUCGGUAAUAUGUUGUUGAGCCAAAGUAUAGUUUGUUCAGUGGACUCAAUAUUUUUUUUUUAAUGCAGGUGACCGCCGAUUUUUUCGAUUCAACUACUUUCUUCUCAGUAUAUCAACUAAACACAGGUGAGUAUUCAGGGUUUCAAUACUUGGUUCGAACACUUUUGCUCGAUGCAGUUCGAAAUGCAACGAUAGUCCGAUCAGAGAACUUUCUUCGAGAAAUAAGUUCACUCAUUGAACCAUCGGCCGUGUUCCGAACUGCAUCAGGAAAUAAAGUGUUCGAACUAUUUUGAAAUUCAAUGUACAAAAACCUUAAUACGUUCGAAAGCACACUUUUCGCUUUAAUUGUCAAAACGAGAUAAUUCUGAUUAUUCCCGUAGAAAUUUUAUAUAGACGAAAGAUUUGUAACUCCGAUCGAUCGCGCCGCCAAAUCUGCGAAGAAGCCCGACCCGAAGCACGUACUUAUCGAGAGAUCGCGAACCCCGCUUAUUGAUCAGUCCUUAUUUAAACGCUAAUCAUUAUACUCGCUAAAACGACCGCUCCUAUAUCGAAAAUAUGCCCAUGCGAGCCUUGUAACGCUCGCAUCGGACUUAGACGUUGAUUUUGAGACGUUUAGAUUUCCUCCGCUACAUAUUUAUACGCAAUCGGCACUUUUUGUUUUGGUCCACUUUAUCGUACGAAAUGCGGAAAUUUCAAUCCGAGAGAUGUUCAUGUACAUAGUUGAACACGUGAUGUUUCGCAAGCGAUUGACGGUAUUGUAUCUAGUAUUUUAUAUAUAUAUAUAUAUAUAUAUAUAAAAUACUAUAUAUAUAUAUACUCGGCUGAAUGCAUAAGUGUACUUUGAAUUGUUCACGCGACUUGCUGUACCCGCGCGGCAGUUACACUACUGCCCAAAUAUCGGACGGGCAAACAACAUCUGUAUUACUACUAUAAGUUAUUUACAUAGAAAAAUAAAGAAUAUAUCUAUACA